AAAAAGAAGAAGAAGAGAAGAAAGGGAUGAAGACAUCUCUUGCUGUUUCCGUCCACGAUGUCCUCGUGUGUGGAACGAUCUUCUGACAUUGAGAUAUUUCCUCUGCAGACCGAAAGUAGUGGCGGAAGACUUGUUACCGUGACGGAGGAUUCCAAGGCAAGCACCGAUAGCAGGUCCCCUGUGGCCUGCAUUCUGGCUGCCAUUUCCUUCGUGGCACUCAUUGUUGUGGUGGUGGUCGCUGUUGUGCUGAAGCAACAGACCCGUCGGUACUUCACUGCACACCGAAACUGCAAGGUCUGCUUGGGUCACGAAUACUCUAUACUCGAUGGCAUCAACUAUACAUUCAACCCCUGCAACAACUUCUACGGAUUCGUGUGCGGCAGCUGGAGGUCCGCGAAAUCAGCUGCCAGCCAUCUCGAAGCCACCCUUGCACAGGACAUGGCGACAACGCUUAUGGCCAUCCAAGUGCCCUUGCUUGGGCAAACAGCUAUACAAAAAUCCGCAGCCCUUUUCCAGAGCUGCGUCCGUGGGGCACAGGAAGGACAAAGCUACCAUACCGUGUUCGGCGACCUCUUUGAUUCUUUGGGCUUGUUCUCGAGCGAUGUGCAUCCACUUACAAUUAUUGCGAACAUGUCACUAAGCCUGCGAAUGGACCUUCUAGUAUCGUUUCGACUCGAACCAGCGGAAAUGAAGCUCGUCAUUGCCGAUAUCGAUGCCACGGAGUGGAGAUGGUUAAGGGAACGACUUCUGGCCUCGGGCGCCUACCAUAAGUUUGUUGUCAAUGGGCUGAGGACGCUCCUUCGUAGAGGUAAUGUCCUUAAGGAGGCAGCAAGGAUAAAAGCAAUGGAAGAGACGCUGGCUCGAAGGUUCUUCACCGCCGACUGGGCUCCAGCAGAAGACUCCUGGAAACGGAUGAAGCUUCGUGACCUAGCGAACCUCACGGGAGACGUCAGUGUGAAGCAGUGGGAAACGUCUCUUCAGCCAUUUGUUUUCUGGAACAUUACGUCAAUGUCAGCCGUCGAGGUCGAAAGCGAAAACGUUAUUGUUGUGCUCAACCAUGUGUUGAAUGGAAUCCGGCGUGAAGACUUUCGGAUUUUGCUUCGCUGGUUAGCACUGAGGCCUUUCUAUACCGUUUUGUAUAGGAACGCUACUGGGGCGUCAGUUUAUGGUGCUAAGGGAUGGAUGGAAAAGGCCAUAGCGACACUGUGUCUGAAGGAGAGCGAAGCUGCUAUGGGAUUCGCCGUGGCGGCACCUCUGUUUCUCAAAUGGGUUACACCACGAUCUCUGGCUGCCGCUCGGAAUCUCACCGAGUCCAUUGUCUGUUCACUCUCUGCAGCCAUAAACAGCAGCACGUGGCUGGAGAACACCACUGCUGCUACGGCAGCGCAAAGAGCCACUUCCAUGACGGUCUCCAUAGAACACCCGAAAGAAUUCUCGGACUUGGAGCACCUAAACAGCGUUUACUCAUUUGUUCCGGAUUUGAGCACUGACUACGUUGAGAACUGGAUCACCGUUCGCAAAUCCUUGGCGGAGCCGGAAGGUCACGGUCUCAUACCCUGGUACCCAGUCAUUCGAGGUCUAGAUCGCUACUCGAGUGCGUCGAACCACUUGUGGAUAAGUGGUAAACGAUUGGUACCACCAUACUUCGACGCAAGAUCGGCGGCAGCCAUUCAGGGUGGUCGUUUGGGCUCCGCAAUUGCCCGACUAGCUGCCAUGGCAUUCACGCCCCAUACAAUCGAUUCCUGGUCCGACGCAAGCAAGGAGGCCUAUCGAAGUCGAUACGAGUGUCUUAUGUCGUCGUAUGAAAAGUCAGAUGGAAAGGCAGUGGAGCAAAAGUUUACGGACGCUGCGACUCUCAACGCCCUAUACCGUGCGGUGGAGCUGAGGUCGGGUUGGGGCGACGAAAAACUUAUGCGGUUCACAGGACCUCAGUUGUUCUUCUUGGGACUGUGCUAUUUACUCUGUGGCGACAGCGUCGGCUCCCAACGGUGCAAUGUUCCCCUGAAGAACCUUCCUGGGUUCGCCGACGCUUUCUCAUGUCCCGAAGGUUCACCCAUGAACCCGCGCAAUAAGUGCAUAUUUUGGUGAACUUUCAUACACCUAGUGUAUUAUAGCUUCAUAUGACCAUUAAUACCUUGUGCUUGCAGUACGAGAGAUCUGAACCUUUCGGUCUUUUGAAAUACAUAUUUCUGCAGAAGUCUGCA